GGGCGUCCCGCUUAUACUAAUUAAAUUAUAUAUUACUAUUUUAGUAAUUAAUUUAAUUUUUAUAAAUAAAAAAUAAACAAAGUUCCCAAACUUUUUUCUUGUAAAGAAAAAUGUCGCAGAACGCUGUUUUAUUUAUUAUGUUGGUCAUACUGAUCACGUCAUCAAACGGCACCCCGCUUAAUUUCAAAAAUGUUGAAAUGCAUCCGAACUGCAGAAAUAGUACAUAUUGCUUUGAACGCGGUGCCGACUAUCCCUCAGCUCUCAUUGAAGAACUAGUCAACAAAACUGAUGUAAUAAAAAUUGAUGGCGCGACCACUGAACAACGCGGGACGACCGACCAUUCUAUAGUAACGCCUUGUGAGCUUAAUUACUCUCUUGAGCCUAUUUAUCAAGUCAAAGACAUAAACAACAAAGUGCGUUACGUCGUGCAAGCCACUCGGUUCCAACAAAUACUCAAAGUUGAAUGGUGCAGGAAUAAAGGCGAAAUAACAGAAGAUAAAGGCGAAUAUCUCAAGAUUGACAAACUGAGAGAAGACUCUUACAGCGCGUAUUGUGUAGAAUCAUAUUCUAACUACAGAUUCUUGGUGCUGGCAGAAGACGGGAAUGGAUUCGAAAGCGUUAAGGCUCUAGGUGUUCCAAUAUGCUGCCGAUGCGAAAUACACCCUAUGGGUAAAAUAAUAAAGUUUUGAAUUCUUGAUAGACAACUUCGGACUUGCCUGAUGUCCAAGAAAUAAAAACCAUUCUACUAUUUU